ACUAUCUCACCAAAACGUCUCCACAGUCUCACCAAAAAACACAGAAAAGUACAUACUGGUGAGACAAGGCAUGAUGUCGCUGAAAAGGAUUUAUGUAGUGGCUGCCUAUAUGACUUAUGCUGGAGCAGGGCCUGUUAAUAAGCAUACCUGGCAAGAGUUAGAAAGGUUUCCUAAAAAUCCAGAGUUAAGAGCAGCAUGGAUAAAGGCCAUUCGAAGGAUGAAUUGGGAGCCUACAAAAUAUUCACGAUUAUGUUCUGAACACUUUUCUGAAGAUCGAAUUGACAAAUAUUCACAACAUCGUGUUUAUCUCAGAGAAAAUGCAGUGCCUAAUGUCUUCAAGAAUUUUCCAACUUAUCUUCAGCAGACAACAAAGGAAGCUCGUGCCACUCAAGAUACCACUAAGGAGGAAGUUCAUAGUAGUCCUGUGGUAGUCCGUUCUCUUCAAGAUAUCAUUAAACAAGAAAUAAUGCGUCAGAAACCUACCGUGGUUCGUUCUCCACGAGAACUUCUUACAAAAAUUCUAAAAUAAACUCUUCACCCUUUUUGAAAACAAGAGUGAUCAAAAGAUAUUUAAUGGAUGGUUUUUCUAUAUUAAAAAAAUAAUAAUGCAUAUUGCAAUGUGACUUCAGGCAGAAGGAGAAGUUUCUGUUCUUCCUUGGACGUCACGUGAUUUUGCUUGGAAACAUAGUUUUAAAGUUAUGAUGUCAUUAUUUGUCACCUUGUUUUUCUUGUUUCUGUUUGAAUUUCUGUAAUAUUGAUUUAUUUUUUAUUAAUUUUAUUCCCUUGCUGUAAAGCAUUACUUGCAAAGAUAUUAAUAUAGGUCUUCUUGAAUUUUAUAAAUGUUAUUUCUUUGCUA